AACACAUAGGUACAUGCUUUAUAGGUAAACGUCACAAUCGGGGGGUUACCCCAGUGCUCAAACUUGUUAUUUAUUUCAAAAAACCAUGAAUAUGGUUCGUACAGCUUACAAUUGCGCAUUCAAACUCUAGUGUUAACGAUAACAAACAGUGACGACAUUAAAAUAAGUGUAAAAAACAAUACAAAAGUGUUAACAAUGGCUACGGAAGACGCGAAACCUAUAACUGUGAAAAAGAUACCUCUAAUACUGAACAGGAAGAUUAUAAUUAAAAAAGGCAUCAAGUCAUUAGGGAAGAAUAUUAAAGUGGUGAAAUCGUUGCAGAAUUCGUUUCAAGAGGAUGUGAUUUAUACGUCUAAAGAAGGUGAUUUCAUGGCGGGGGAAGCCCGCAGUAUGACGAUAGUGAACCGUCUAAAUGUAUUGACUAAGGCUUGUAAAACUAUUGCGAGGUGCCACAGCCACACAGGACAGUUGUACGAGAAGACCUCUGAAGAAAUAACCAAGUUAAUCGGUCAAAGUAAUUACGAUUUAUUAUUUAGUUCCUUGUGCUCAAUUUUAAGUCAAGAGUUGAAAAUUCGUAGCAUACACUCCUUGUUGACUGUUCCUAAGAAUACUAAUACUGCGUCUUGCCAAACACAAUUCAGUGAUGCGAGUUAUAUGGUGAAUAAAAACUAUGUGGAAACAAUUUCGCAGACUCACGAGACUUGUUUAAGUGGUUUCACAAAGAAAAUUAAAAGACGGAGCCGCCGACUGAACUUAGCCCCUCAAGUUGUUACGGAUUCACCGAAGGAAGUUAAGAAGCCACGUCGAAUAAUAAUAUCUCCGGAUAAGUUUGCAGAUUUCAAAGAAGAGAUUGUUAAGACCGAGUCCUCGCCAGAAGUUAAUUUGCCCGAACUUGGGUCUGUGUUUGACGAAGACUCUAAUUCGGAUAACAGUAUGGGACGGUUUUCCUCAUUGUCUAUUAAAACAACAUCAGAUUUAAUGGACAAUCCGUUAAAUAUUAUUAGUAACGUUGAUCGUCAUACGAGGGACAUUAAUAAUGAAAGUAAACCAUGUGGUGUUGCGGAACCAUACAGAAUAUUCAACUUAAAGUCUCCUGAGAGUCCUGGGGAUGAACGGAUACCAUUCGACUUAAAAGAUAUGUUACGUCAUGUGCCACCAGAACAACGAAUGAAGCUGCUACUACAACAAGGUUUAAUGGACUGGAAAUAUUGUCUAACGAUAGACCAAGAUGGUCAUUUACCUAUCCACGUGGCUGUGCUGACGAAUGAUGUAGACCUGCUCAGACGUCAAUGCUUAGUGCUGAAGAUGAGAGGUUCUACGGUGGACCUGCUUGCUGACGGAACGACACCGCUAAGGAUGGCCCUCUUCCAAGAAAACCCUGAACUAACAUCGGUACUCCUGAACGCUGGAGCUGAUCCCUUCGACGCUGAUGAUGAGGACCGGACUUCGUUUCAUAUAGCUGCUGACAAAAACACCGAACAUCUACCCGUAUUGCUGAACUACUGUCAUUUGAAUGCUAGGCAAUUGUUACAUGAUAAUGAAGCAUUAUGGAGACCUGGAUUUGAGAACAAAACUGAUGAAGAAUUGCUGCCCAUACUUAUGAUGCAUAUUAAUAAGCAGUACGAUUGCCAGGGGUACACCCCACUCAUGGUGGCGAGUAAAUCCGGGAGAUAUAACAAUGUGUUGGCGUUAGUGGAGAGUUGUAGGGCCACGGUGAACAUGUCCUCGCCCAACAGUGGGAUCACGGCGCUCUACCUCGCUGUCAGCGAAGCUUGCAUGGAUGCAGCAGAACGAGGCAAUAAAACGAAGAUAGUAGACCAUUACAAAAGAACUAUAGAAAUUUUAGUAGAAAAUGGCGCCGACCCUAAUCUUAUUAACUUCACGGGUUCUAGCGUGAACGACCUCUUAGCUGAAUUUAGUAUAGCUGAACUAUCGAUGUUAAUAGCUAAUAAAUUAACUUCGGUACGGUAUUUCGAUAAUGCGCUACCAAACGGCAGCAAGGGCAGCGAUUUUAUGCUUUUCAAAGAUGACAAAGGCGACGUAAAUAUAAAAGAAGUUAAAGAAAAGAAACCAAUAACGCCUCCGGCCAAAAAUCCACCGAGUAACCAGAAAAAGGAUUCGCCAGUCAUUUUGGAAAAUAUCACCAUCAAAACUCCAGUUAUAGGGAUCCCCAAUAACCUUUUGAAACCUAUCAAAGUCGGUCCCAUAACUCAGUUACCUAAAAAACAAGACAACACGCCCCAAUUGACGCCUGUAGUGCAAAAAUUUAAAUUAAAUAAACCUAUCAUAAUGUCAGAGAUAGGGGACAAAAGGAAAUUGGAGAUUGUAUCGCCGAAUGUCAUAAAGCGAUUGAAAAAGAAUGAUUAGAAAUGUCAUUUUGAUCCGAGGUUUUCUAAUCUCGCGACUUGAAUAUGAAAAAUCAAAAAAAAGAGGAAAUUACCAGAUUUGACAAGCAAAAUUGAUAUGGUAUGUCAUCUUGACCGUAUCAGGGAUAUGUGGAGAUCAUUUAACGGUAAAGUUUGAUCCAAAAUUAGGAUCAAAAUGACCAAAAGAGAUGGAGCUAAUGUAAACAGCAGCUCAUGUAGUGUAGAUGUCCAGUCAACAAGGAUGUAGCGAGGUUGACUGUCCAGGCGACACACGUACUUAGGUAUCGUCAUGAAGAAUAAUGGACAAGAAUGUUCAUGGGGUGAGGAGAAAACAAUUAAAUUGUCUAUAUUAUAACUUCCGUGAGACAUACUAAAUUAAUUAUUAUGUUUUCGGCUUACUCACG